AUGAUGUGCCCACGAGACAUGGACCUCCACUGGUCAGCCAGCUUGAUGGUUUUCUUCACUGGAAUUGCAAUUGUGACAGCGUCUUUCAAUGAAGAACACUACAUUCUUCUCCGGUCUGUGAGGGCCGCCAAUAGAACAUAUGACCUUACCAACCAGACGAAUUCCGACGAUUACGUCUCCGAAUUGGGACGGAACACCACGAAGAUCUUGGACUCUUUGUUAGACGGAUAUGACAAGAGCCUGCGCCCCGGGUUCGGAGGACCCCCUCUCACUGUGAACAUCAACAUCUUCGUCCGAAGUAUGGGGCCAAUAUCAGAAAAAGACAUGGUAUACAGCAUGGACUGUUACUUCCGCCAAAGAUGGGUGGACAAGCGACUGGGGUUUGACGGACCCAAAUCCCUCAAUACACUGACCAUCAACAACAUUAUGCUGGACAAGAUAUGGAGACCUGACACCUACUUCUACAACGGCAAAGCCUCCUAUCUUCACACCAUAACAACACCCAAUAAGUUCCUGAGGAUAAGCAGGGACGGUUCUAUUUAUUAUUCCAUGAGGCUGACCAUUAAGGCCAGCUGUCCGAUGCAGUUACAAAAAUACCCUAUGGACAAACAGAUAUGUCCGCUGAAAGUGGGCAGUUACGGUUAUUCUGACAGUGAUGUGGAAUAUUUCUGGAUGGGGGACGCAGUGGGCAGGGAAGCCGACCUCCAAAUGUCACAGUUUCAACUGGUUGCUACUCCGUCAUAUUCCAUAACCGAACAGUUUCCAAAUAGAGGUAAUUUUAGCUUCCUGGUAGUGAACUUUGAACUGCGCCGUCACAUGGGUUACUUCCUGAUCAAUGUCUACAUCCCGGUGAUGAUGUUGGUCAUUAUUUCCUGGGUCGGCUUCUGGAUCAACAGAGAGGCGACAGCAGACAGGAUUGCUUUAGGUGUCACCACUGUUCUGACAAUGGCGUUCCUCAGUAUUGACACCCGUACUGAUCUGCCACGCGUCUCCUAUUCCACGGCAUUGGACUGGUUUAUUGGGAUGUGCUUUUCGUUCGUCUUGGCCACCAUCAUUCAGUUCGCCACCGUCCAUUUUUUCACCAAGCACGGGACAGGGGAGGUGAUGAACGUGGCACCAGACUCCGACGACGAACUUGAACCAGAAAGCCAACAGGAGACGCCGUUGCUUAAGAGGCGAGGAGAUAAGCGUUCUACCGUUUGUUACACCGUUGGACGCCGCCAACUGCCGGAGACAAUUACAGAAGAACGCUGCAGCAACGGAGAUGUGGAAAACAGUAAGACAAAUGGCGUUCAUUUCUCCGAGGGCAUCGAUGUCGAAGAGAAUAAAAAUGAAGGGGACAAAAAGAGAAAAUCCUGUUGGACAUAUUUAAUGUACUGCCUUAAGGGCAGUGGUGCUUACAAGAAAUUCACGCAGAUAAGCACGCAGGCCACUGCCCCCGGGUCUUUUUAA